AUGAAUCAAAUCCUCCCAGAGAUCCUCGUCAUCAGCCUAGCAUCCAGGCACGAAAAACGAUACCAGAACCUGAUGGCGUCUCUCUGGAACAUAUCUCGCGUGGUGCAAAUCAGUGCACUUUCCGAUGCCGUCCACUACCUCGUUCUCAAUGAUCCCCGGGCCGUGAUCUUCACCGACGAAGGGAUAACAGACCCUAGCAAGUGGACCGCCGUAGCCCGCUACUUCCAGACUUACCUCCAAAAUGGCGGUAUCGUGAUUUUCGGCGUCUAUUUUGCCAAUUUCUGCGACGCACACUUCACAGAACAAAUGUUCCGUCAUAUGCUGUGUUUACCUUGGAGCUUCAGCGGUGUGGCUCAACUGUGCGUGGAGAUCAACGAUGAAUGCAUCUGGCCGAAUGAAGUUCUUCUGAACAAAUUCGAAUUUCCAGAGUGGUGGAUGGCACAUUUCAGGUACUUGACCAAUGUACAGCCACAUGAGCGGAUUUUGGAGUCGCCUCUGGGAUGCCGCGGAGAUGAAGGCGAGUACAUAUCUGGCGAGUGCAUAGCGCCGGUUGUUGGGGCUCGAAUAGGAGAUGGCUACGUGGCUUACUUCGGGGGUCUGGGGUAUAAUGAGUGCUGCGACAGGGUUCUUGCAAGGCUGUGCAGCUUGGAGGAUAGGACACGUUCUGAAUGGAGUUUGUAUCCUUACUAG